UCGAGAAACGCUGUUGUCGUAUGUUGCUCUCAGAGCUGCUGCUGGAUAUAGUUGCACAAAGUGAAAUUUGUUCUCUGUGACAGUUCGGACCGUUUUCUUUUUUUUGUUUUAUUCUUUUUUGAAUACCUACCAAUACACACACUAUCAUUUCGGUCGGCGGUGAAUAAAUUAUUAAUAAAUGAGUUUCAAGCUCAAAGGGUUUUAUGAUCCCUCAAAAUCCAUUUAAGAAAGUUUUAAAUUUUGCUGCGAAAACUUCCUGGUGACAUAAUUUUUUGUUUUAAACCAUUUUUCUCAUCCGGUCGAUCCUUUUUGACGUAUCUGUGAGAGUGCCUUAAGAAUACCUAUAAAUAUACACACACACAAGAAAUCAUAGAAAAUACCAAUGCAAAUAAGGAUACAACCAUACAUGCACCUAUUUUAUGUAUAAAAUAACAAGUGUGAGAAUUAAUUAAUCGAUUUUUUAUUUUCGCGUGAGAAUAAGGAUAAUAUUGUGAAAAAACCUGUGCAAAAAAUAUACACAAUCAGCACAGGGAAAAAAGUGUGGUGAAAACACACAUUCGGCAAAAAAAAAAUAAGUUAAAAAAGUUGUUGAAAAUUUUGAUUAGUUUUGGUUACACUGUAAAAUUAAACAUAAUAUAUGGUAAUGGCAGAGAUUGGUGGCCAUUUGGCUCACCAGCUACCCUUGCAUAAUCAUCAAAGUGGAUUACAACCAUCGCUGGUGAUGAACCAUCACCUGGAUUUGGAUUGUCAUGGCCAUGAAGUUUUAACGAAAAAACAACGGCUAUCACUGUGUGUGGGUUGUGGUGGCCAAAUUCAUGACCAGUAUAUCCUGCGUGUCGCCCCCGAUCUAGAAUGGCAUGCAGCGUGCCUCAAGUGUCAGGAGUGUCGGCAAUUUCUCGACGAGAGUUGUACAUGUUUUGUUCGCGAUGGCAAAACGUACUGCAAACGUGAUUAUGUUAGAUUAUUUGGUACAAAAUGUGAUAAAUGCGGAAGCUCAUUUAGUAAAAAUGAUUUUGUGAUGCGAGCCAAGACGAAAAUAUUUCAUAUAGAGUGUUUUCGAUGUUCAGCGUGUGCGAGGCAAUUAAUUCCAGGUGAUGAAUUUGCGUUGCGAGACGGUGGCGCCCUCUAUUGCAAAGAAGAUCACGAUGUCCUAGAGAAAACCUCACAAAGUAGUCUUACAUCCUCAUUAGAAAGUAAUAAUAACAAUACCAACAAUAACAACAAUACAAAUUUAAGCAAUAACAAUCAUUCCAGCGAAUUAGGAUCAAUGUCAGAUUCUGGAAGCGAAUCUGGAUCACAUAAAAGUAUUAGAGAUAAAAGACCAUCGGGACCAUCUGACGGUAAACCAACAAGAGUGCGAACGGUCCUUAAUGAAAAGCAAUUACAUACGUUAAGAACCUGCUAUAACGCUAAUCCAAGACCCGAUGCCCUUAUGAAAGAGCAACUGGUUGAAAUGACUGGUCUUUCCCCGCGUGUUAUUCGAGUGUGGUUUCAAAAUAAACGGUGUAAGGACAAGAAGAAGACAAUUCAAAUGAAGUUACAAAUGCAACAGGAAAAGGAAGGACGAAAACUUGGUUACGGUGCAAUGCAGGGAAUUCCCAUGGUUGCCAGCUCACCGGUGCGUCACGAUUCACCAUUGAAUCUGCACGGCAUUGAUGUACAAACAUAUCAACCACCAUGGAAGGCGCUAUCAGAUUUCGCACUUCAUGCUGAUCUCGAUAAUAACGGUGCCAUUAAUACACACACCCCUGCCUUUCAACAACUGGUGAAUCAGAUGCAUGGUUAUGAUUUAAAUGGCAUGCCAUCCGUACCACUGCAAGGACCACCGCCGCCAGGCCAAAUGGGUGGCCCACCGCCUAUGGACAACGCCGGACUACAUCAUCAUCCUGACAGUACAGACUCUUAUGUCACCUAUCUGGAAAGCGAUGACAGUAUGCAAGGCAGUCCAUAGAAAACCAUCAAAAAUUCAUAAAUGCAUUUAAUUUGCUUUUUACCAAACAGAGUCCAAAAUAGCUUCGCUACUCAAUGUCUUGAAUAAAUUCACACCAAAUGCCGUAAUGUGAAAGUUACUUCUACUGCAGCAGCGCCAACGCCAGCUGGUGGUCGUGAUCAACAAUAAUAAUAACAAUAAUGUUGUGUUCGUUGUUGUAACUGGCGUUGUUGUUGUUCUUGUUGCACUGUUGUUUUGUGUGUUUGGACAACAUCUUGGCCCGAAGCUUUUACCACAUGCAAUAUAAAUAUUAUGUAGAAUAUUUUAUUUUAUUUUUUUAUUUUGAAUAAAUUUCUUGUUUAAAAAUGUCAAAUACAAAUAUUUUUUUUGCAGACACUGUAAUGUAAAAUAUGCAGUAUAAAAUUCAAAAUACCAAAUACUCAUGUUGUAUUUAGAGAGAGACAGCAAAAAAAUGUAAAAUAACAAAAAUAAUAAAAAGUAGAAUACAAGAAUUUAGUUUGUUGUUUUUUUUUUGUAAUUUAAAUUUUUGUUGUUAUAAAUUUAAAUUAUUUAUGUUUAUUUAAAAAAAAUAUUUCAUGUUGAUUUUAAACAACACAAAAAUAUUGUAAAAAAUUGUAUAAAAAAAAAACAUAAAAUAGAAUUCAAAUAUAAACAAAAAAAGAAUCAUAGACAAUUAGAAGAAAAUUGGGAAAAUUCUGCUACCAAAGCAAAUUCUAAGGAUAAAACACGGUAAAACAAAAUAUAACAGAAAAAAAAAUGUUGUUAAACCAAAAUAAUUUUUGUAUAGUGUCUGAACUGUUUGUGAAAAAGCGAAAUAAAAAUAAAAAAUCACAAAUUGUAAAUGAAAAAUUAAUAAAAAAAAAAAUAACAACAACUUUUAACUUAGAUAGCAUUGAGAAAUUGGACAAAAAAAUCAAUAGAUUAA